AUGGGACCCUUCUCCCAACAGCAAUGGCCGUCGUGGGCUUACUCCAACGUGGCAGAUCCAUUUUCGACAUACACGCACUUUUCCAACUUUAACGCUUACCUCCACGAUUCUCUGGAUGUCUAUCAACCACAUCACAGCCGCCUGGUUCAACACCACCAGAUGUCCAGGGCCACUGAAUCGAAACCCCGCCUGUCCAAGGAAGAAGUCGAACUUUUGGAAGCCGAGUUCCAGAAGAACCACAAACCUAGCAGUACGACGAAGAAGGCCCUUGCUGAAUCCAUGAGAGUGGACAAUGCUCGCAUUAAUAACUGGUUUCAAAACCGACGGGCUCGUGAGAAGAAGGAGAACAAUAUCAGGGAAUACGAGGCCAAACAGCGAUUGGAGAAGGAAAGAUCCGAGGCCUCGGGGGAAUCUCAGUCUGAGGGCAGUCGUCAACGCGAUUUGGUUGCUUCGAGUGCUCCAUUCCCCCAGCCAGGCAUCAACACGAAGCCAGAGUCUGACGCCGCCCUGUCCCCCUCCGAGAAGUCACUUCCCGACCCAUCUGGCGAGACGAAUGAGCCUAGCCAAAGCGAUGAGUCUGACCUCCUCUCCCCGCUCUCGCUCCCCACAAGGCAGGAAAUCGGCAUGGCUCGUCCUUCCAAAUUCAGCGGACUCUUGCUCAAGACUGAGCAGGACGAGGAUGAUAAUUGUGCCCUGUCCGAUCGGGUGGAUGAGUACUUGGCCAUGCAGAACGGGUCCAUGCUGGCUGUCACCUCAAAGGCAGCCGAGCAACAGCUCUUGGCCGGAUUUGGUGGCCAGCACGACACCGACAGGCACGAACAAGAUGCCGACUCAUCGCCAUUCACUGAUAAUUCCGAACCAAGGUCCCCUGAAGAAGACAUUGCCUCCCGCCGAAACCGACGCCCAGCUCCACUCUCUAUUACCGGUGGCCGGAGCCACUCGUACUCGUCCAGAGCCUGCGACUUUUCUUCAAGAACGGGCGACCAGGCGGCUUCCAUGCGCAGGAUUUCUUCCAGUACGGGAUCCGGCCGUGUGAAGAAGUCUGCUGCCACCCCUCGAAGCCCGUUCUUUGAUAGAAACGCAGAUAUCCUUUUUCAACGAAGACAUUCGCCCAAUGCAAUUGGCCGCCAAGGAUCUGCGGCGCCUCCUACACCCGAUACUCCUGUUACUCUCCAACAACACGGGUCAGUGGAUGCUGCCAUGCCGUCGCUGUACUCUCUCGAGGGCAAGUAUACGCCGCCAGAUGUUGUCAUAUCUGAUCCCACCUUGCGCACACCACCGACCACGCCAGGCUUUGGCGACUCGCUUUUCCACCUUGGUGCUGGGUACGAGAUGGGCAUUUCCGAAGAGACCAUUAUCGGCCCUGGCGUUGAUCGAGCCAAUCGUGGGGUGCAAAUGGCUGGCAACCCGGCCGCGUUUGCCAGCUACAUACUCAACAACGCACAAUGCUCAACUCAACAAAUGGCCCCCCUGUUUCCAACACAAAUGGCGCACCCUUACUUUGGUUUCAUGGGCACCAAUGAGAACUCCGAGUACAAUUGGUCCGACUUGUCACCUUCGACAGCAUCCACGUCCUCGACCUCUCAACAGAGAUACAUGGCUCUCAGCCACAUCCAAAACUAG